UAGACAAGUUUCACGGUUGACUUAACAUUUCACUUGGUCUUUUUCUGGCAUGGUAGUGUUCUUUGGGAAUUUCUGGGGCUCCAGUAAAGCGAGGAACGCCGUGCUGCUGCUGGGACUCUGUGACUCUGGGAAAACUCUUCUGUUCACUCGAUUACUGCUCGGGAAGUUUGUAAGAACGCAGACGUCCAUCACAGAGAACAGCACCACGUACAAGAGCAAAAAUGACAGAGGCAGCAGCUGGACUCUUAUUGAUGUUCCUGGUCAUGAAAGUUUAAGAGUUCAGAUUGUGGAGAAGUACAUGGCCGUGGCUCGAGCCAUCGUGUUUGUGGUGGACAGCAGCAUCUUCCAGAAGGACGUCAGAGAUGUGGCUGAGUUUCUCUACUCCAUCCUCACAGACAACGUAGUGGCAAAAAAUGCCCCAACUCUUGUGGUAGCCUGCAACAAACAAGAUAUCUCUAUGGCAAAAUCAGCCAAAUUAAUUCAGCAGCAGUUGGAGAAGGAGUUGAAUACUCUGAGAAUGACGCGUUCUGCGGCCCUCUCCUCUCAGGAUGGGGCUGUUGGGGGCUCGGUGUACCUGGGUAAGAAAGGCAAAGAUUUCGAGUUCUCUCAGCUGCCCAAUCGGGUGGAGUUCAUUGAGUGCAGUGCACUUGGAAGCAAAGGAGAAGAUGGAGAUGCUGAUAUUCACGCUCUAGAGAAUUGCCUGGCCAAGAUCUGAAGAGCUUAAAUCUCCACAACUGGAAUUAAGCUUUUUUUUUUGUUAUCUUUGGAAUUUUCUUUCAGUAUUGUUAUACCAAUCCAACAGUAUACAGCAUGUUCCAACAGAUACUGCACGUUGCGUAUUCAACCAGACUCAAAGUAUGUUGUAUGAAUGCAAACAUUGGCACUUCUAUUAGCUUUUCCUUGCCUUAGUGUUUUCACUUUCACUCAGAGCUCUUUUUGAGUUACAAAC